AUGUUGGCCAUCAGAGAACAUCUCAAUUCCCACAAAAACCAAGGACUGCGUGAUCCGGAUAAAGAUAACAUACCACCAGCGUCUGAUCUGUUUUCUCAAUAUGGACUUCUGAAUUUCAUAUUUUCAAAAUUCCCAAGUGUUGCUAACAUGAUCAUGGAAGAUCAAAUACAGAGACAUUCGGAUGCUUUGAAAAUACAAAAACAGCUUUUGCAAUAUGAACCAGCCCUUGCAUCACUUUUGGUUUCAAUAUCACUGAACCCAUCUCACCCAUUACGCCAUGAAAGAGAAUAUCUGGAAGUGAAUAGGCUGCUCAAUGAAAGUUUUCCACUAUCGACCGACAACAAUGCGGAUGUUUUAAACUGGAAGGCACAAUUAGAUGUUGCACUGCUCAGUUUUAUAAGAAGCACGAUGAUUUGUACAUCUUUCAUCAACAAUCCAAAUGCAAGAGAAUCAUUGAGUCCAUCUUCUACGACAUCAUCAUUCAGCUCUACCCCAUCUCCUAUGAUCUACCAAACGGAAUCAAUGAGAAAAUAUGACAUUUUCUAUUUGGAAGAUAUUCGUGUACAUGGAUUCAACCAGCGCGGACUUGAAAUUUAUAUCGAUGAGAUUGCUAAGGCUCAUAAAUUCUUCUUGGCAAGAAAACUGUCAAUUUUGAAAGAAUUGGAACCAAGCUCAAAAUUAGUUGUUGGAGUGUUCACUGUUCUGCUCCGAGUCAAAGAUGCACCACCAAUUUUUUUAGGAUAUCAAGGUGAGAAUUUAACCAAUGUUAGCACUACCAGUUCUGUGAAUUUUACAGUCAGAGGUGAUCAUCUCAAAAAUAACAAUCAGACAACCGGAGUCGAUUUCUGCAACGUUCACCCAGUCAUUUGCAUUCACGAAAAAUGUCACAAAGAGAAUAAGUGCUCUGACUCACAUGGCAAUACUGGCAGCAUAUUCGUGAAAGUAGGUUCGGUUGAUGUUGGAGAGCCACCAUUGGCAGCUAGAAACACUUUUGACUUUCCAAAAAUUGAGAUGGAGUGGAGAAAAGAGGCAUUGAAGGAGGCUUCGGGUGCUCCAGGCCCAAUGAGAAGAAACAAAUAUCGCGAAGAUAAGAGCUUUCGAAAGAAUGAAAGAUUUUCUUGGAAGCCUCAAUAUUUAAAAUUCCUAGCGAAUGAGUUCAAAAAAAGAAAUUCUUUGGAUGAAGUGUUGCUCAAAGAGCACUUUAUUUAUGCAACCGAUGGUGCGAGUGCUGAAGGUAAGAUUCUGUCAGAUAAAGAAUAG